AUGGAAGAGGAAAUGAUCAAUCCUCGGCCUUUGGAGGAGGAGGCAUAUGAUAUGUCAGGCGCCCGUCUGGCCCUGACACUGUGUGUCACCAAAGCCCGAGAAGGUUCAGAAGUAGAUAUAAGUGCCCUGGAAUACAUGUUCAAGCAGCUGAGAUUUGAGAAUACCACGAAGAGAGAUCCCACUGCCCAGCAAUUCCAGGAAGAAUUGAAAAAUUUCCAGGAUGUCAUAGAUAACUGGAAAGAACCCGUCAGCUGCGCCUUUGUGGUGCUCAUGGCGCAUGGAGAAGAAGGCCUCCUCAAGGGAGAAGAUGAGGAGAUGGUCAAGCUGGAUGACCUCUUUGAGACCUUGAACAACAAGAACUGCCGGGCCUUAAGAGGCAAGCCUAAGGUUUACAUCGUGCAGGCCUGUCGAGGAGAACACAGAGACCUCGGUGAAACAAUAGGUGGAGAUGAGAUGAUGAUGGUCACCAAGGAUGAGCCUCAAACCAUCCCAACUUACACGGAUAUCCUCCAUGUCUACUCCACAGUGGAGGGGCACCUCGCCUACAGACAUGACGAGGAUGGGUCUACCUUCAUCCAAACCCUAACAGAUGUGUUCUGCAACAGGAAAGGACCCAUCCUGCAACUUCUGACGGAGGUGACAAGGCGCAUGGCAAAAGCAGAACUGGUUCAGGAAGGAACAGCAAGGAAAGUGAAUCCUGAAAUCCAAAGCACCCUCCGGAAACGACUCUAUCUACAAUAG